AUGGAUCUCGCCGAAGCCGAGGCUACGCUGCAAAGCCUUGAGGAGGCACUACAGAUUGGAGGCCCAAACCCAGAGCUGGAGGCAAUGCGCCAGGACCUGCACGACCUCGUCCAGUUGCUGCGCAGCGAGCAGGCAUCCUCCUCAGCCCCAUCAACAGACAAGGCGCAGUCGCAGCAGCCGCCUGCCCAGGCACAGUCGUCUUUGUCUGGAAAUCAAAACCCUGUCUCAAAUGCGCCUCCGCAAACAUCAAAAGACCAAGCCUAUGCCAGCUUUUUCGCGACUGAGGAAGCACGCGUAGCGACCGUAACGGCCGAUACGCGCGCACACCGUCCAGCGUAUCGCGAAACCAUCGCCCCAGGCUCCGAAUGCAUGGCGCCCUUUACAACAAAGCAAGGCGAGCGAGCCCAUCACUUGGCUCGCGUCCUUUUCCUUGAGACUGAUGGCCAGAACUGCCUGGUUGACUUCCAACGCCCAUUGUCUGCGGACAUGUGCACUUGCCCUGCCUUCCUGCAAGGACAUUGCCGCUUUGACACGGGCUGUUCCUGGUCACACGGCCAUCGCGUGUCAGUGGAUGCAUUGAAACCAGCUGCUGAGCAGCCACUGGAAAUCAAUGCGCUGUGCCUGGUCCGUAGCGGCCCGCGUCUCUGGCGUCGAGCCCUCUUGCGCGGGGUCGCUGAUGAUGGCCAAGCCUUGGUAUCAUGGGUCACACCCCUCGGUGUGGCCUCCGGAUCAACCGAUGUUAUUGCAGUCUCCAGUGAUCAUUUGGCCCCAAUGUGUGCUGAAGCAGAAACUCUCUCUGAUGAUGACGACUCGGAUGGCGACUCGGAUGACGAUGCUGAGGAGGAUACCGUAACAACAACCGCGAGAAUCGACGUCAAGACGUUUGGGGCUUGGGAGCGGCACACUUCGGGCAUCGGCCUUAAGCUCCUGCAAAAAUAUGGUUACAAACCCGGCGAUGGCUUGGGAGCAGAUAAGCGUGGCCGUGUCGAGCCCGUGGCGGCCCUGGUGGUGCCAGCAGGGAAGAGCCUGGACAAGAUCAUGCAGCUUCGCGCUCAGGGUCGCCUACACUUUGUGGGUGAGCCUCCAGCUAAGAAACAUGGCGCGCGGCGAACGAACAAGCCCACAGUCUUUGACAAGCUAAAUCGCAUUCUGGCCGAGCCGGCACCAACCGAACGUUCAGGCACCCCGAUGGCGCAAACAAACUCAUCCCGUGGACCGUCGACCAAGCCCAGUGGCCCUCCACCAACGGCGCAAGCCCAGCUCUUGGGACUCGAGGCACAGAUUGCUGAACUGGAACGUUUCAAGCAGCGACAGUCGGGACGCGACUCACAGAGCCGCCGCGUCACCGACGCCGUUCAUGGCUACAUUAGCGGCGCUGAUGCUGAGAUUGCCACGCUGCAGGCGGCCAAGCACAAAUUAGAGAAAGAGAUCAAGCGGAAAAAGUCUCGCGACACACGUCGCCUUUUCUAAGCGUCCCUGAAUCGAUUUUCCAAGCUAGGCUGGUUUUGGGGUUUUUGUGUUUCUGACCUCAUCUUGUUCUGAUCAUGACCUGGGCUCACUUGUCAUUGUUCUGUGUUUAACGGACGAGCGGUUGAUGCGGCGUGACGUUGCGCGGUAUACAUGAGAAAGAAGUUCAAGUUCAGUGGCCUGG